CAUCACGAUGCUUCAUGUCAUAGGUUAGGGGAGUUUUGCAGCCUUUUGCUUUUUGGUGCGCAUUAUCUGUAGCAGUACAGACAGUAACACUUUACUUUGCUUUUUGCUUAUUUGCUAUGAGAAGAGCUACACAUUUCUUGACCAUUCAAUAUGGAUACAGGAAUAUUUGCAUUUGCUUCCAAUAGUAAUCCUCGAACAUUCACUCCCAUUAAACGACGAGAAUCCACAAUAAAUACUAGGCAGUUCAAUGCCGACUCAGAGAAGGAUUGGACAACAGCACGGUGCCACCGCCUAUUGCGAGCUUUGACUUCCAGAGUGGCCAUUCUCAAGAAGGAGAUCUCUCGAUUCGCACAACCUGGCAAAGAUGUUGCCGCUACUCGAGCUGGAGGUGCGCAAGUUGGCUCGAAAGCAAACGAUUCCGACUGGACGCAAGCUAGGAAACGAAUUCGGCGAACAUAUUCAAGCAGAGGGGGCAAGGCGGGUAAUGUCUCUCAAGCAGGAGAUCGUGCGUCGAAGGGAUCGAAGAUGAAAAAGAGCAGGAGAUCUUUUGCUCCAGGAGAGAUCCUAGUUUCUACACCACUGCUUGCUCGGGCCAAAGGCGAUCGGGCAGAGGAAAUAGCAACAACACUUUCAGUUCCGAUUGCGGACGAAUUGCCUGUUGUGAAGACUAAGCGUCGACGAACACGUUAUACGAUGGGCAUUCCCGAGGGGGACUUUCAAUUGACCAAACCAUUACGAGAGAUACGACAAGAUAUUACGACCGUUCGAUAUACGACUUAUGAAGGCAUAUAUAAUGGCUUAGAAGCAUUACUCCGAGCUACAGAGCAAGACGAACCGGAGACAAAAAGGAAAGGUGCGAGAUCACUAUCUUCCAUGGCACUGCGAGCAGUACCUCGUUAUGUUACGGAACAAGAAACCUUACUCGAGGCACACAUGCAGGAGACUGGGAGUAAAUCGGCUAUUCAAAGCAGAGAUAUUGCAACAGAAAUCUACGACGAGCUCGAGAGUUUUGGAACUUCCGGGCAUGGGUGGCCUCAACUCAGAGCUGUUGUUAGAUCUCAUGGCAUUGAAGUGCUUGGUGAUGCGAUUCGGAGGGGACUAUUAGAUAUCGACUUUUGCGGUUCAUUGAUCAGUCUUUGCAUUCACACUUCCGCAAUAGAUGAAGGGCAAUUACUUCUCGCUGCAUCAGUAUCGGCAGCUCAAUAUUCGAUACCCAGGGCACUCUAUGAUCCUCUGAGUCGUCCAGUAGCUAUGUUGUGCAAGUUUGCGCACCAUACGGGCCAAAGUUCAUUUCAGUAUAGACAACUGGCAUAUAUCAUAUCUUCUGCAACACUACCAGUGGAAUGGCUUGCAUCCAAAGAUUUUGGAUCAAUUUGGACAGAAGUGAUUCAGGCCCCGAGCCUCGAUUCAGACAACGGAGAUGCUCUUGCAUUCCUCGAGACUUCAAUGUCUGCUCUUGCCCAUUAUGGACUACGAACCAAAGCAACGGUCGUAAUGAAUGCCGGGAUGGCUGAAGCAGUUGGAAACACAUUCUCAAGUCUACUUACAACUUUUCUGUCAAUCAUUUUGCUUAGCAAAGAGACCGAGCACCAAGUGCAACCGGACACCCUGGAUAUUUCUCAACGACAUAAUCACUUCGCGACAUUGCUUAGAAAUUCCUUAUUUGGAUAUCAACUUGCAAAUCCAUCCAUCACAAGCAAGAGCAUCCUCCCGCUCUUAGCCAACCUAUUCAUAGAUCACGGGGAGACUGACCUCUGGGGUCCCGAAUCUCAUAUGGCUGGGGUCCUUCUAGCUUAUUUGGAGCAAAGCGGAGACGACUUCUCCUCAAUCUCCUCAGCAUACUCAGAAAGCGUGACGUUCGUCUGUCAAAUAGCACGCUGUUGUGGUCGAGGAGCUUCAACGUCCGGUUUCGAAUACCUGGAACAUCUACAUCUCAUCUUGGAAGGCUUGUUGUGCGGUAGACCUGGUAGUAAUAUACUGAUGGGUCUAAUCGUCGACAGUGCUUUCACGUUCGCACAGAAGGUUCCCGAUCGCAAGCACCUGGAUUAUGCCGCCAAUAUGGAUGCCAAGUACUUUUCAAGAGGUUUCGACACCGAGGCUAGUCUGCAUAACAUAUCAGUCAAUGACAAUGACAAUGUAAGCAGCGGAUUCAGAUGGGAAGAAGGAAUUGGAGAAUGGGUGACAGCCACUCCUGCAGCCGACCAUGCGAAGCGGAAAUGCGCAAUUGAGGAAGCUUCAGAGGAAUCUGAAUGCGAUACACCAUAUCGCCCUCCACCAAAUUUGCGAAGGAAAGUUGAUAGAGAUCCAACUCCGCCAGCAGUAGCCAGCAGCCCCCAAGGUUCUAGUCAGGAAGAAGACGAUACUCACUCGGAAACGCUACAGUCUCCACAGGUUCGAGCUCAAAUGAGCGUGAUCGAAAUAUCACCUGGCAGUGAGCAAUCGGCGAACGAGUCAUCACUUACCUCCGGUAGUGAAGAUGAGUUGGCAGACAACUCUUUGCAAAGUAUGGACUCGUCCAUGAUGGAAGAGAGCGUGAUGGAAGAAAGCGACGACGAGAUUGAGCUUUCUUUCACUGAAGACUCAUUGGGUUCCUUUGAAUCGCCGUCAUUACUCAAAACCACAUUGACCUCGAAUCACCGUACUUCGAUUUACCGCGCGCCAAGACUUAACAGAAAGAUCUUUCACAAAAGUGACGACUUCCAAGUCUUCGACGAGUCAUUUGCCUCUACGGCUUCAUCUGUGUCCUCAGACGAGAGCGGCGAUUCUGCCGGACCGCGCCGUGAAUACAUCGACCGAGCCCCGAGACUUGGAAGAAAGGCUCUACAAACCAGCGACACAUGGCAACUAUUCGAUGAAAGUGAUGAUGAGCUCAGCUUGCUCUCUGUAUCGUCUCCAGGGGAUCAAGCUUUGCAGGAUGUUACAAGAACCAGCUUCAGUAAUGUGCUGCAACGACCACGUCAAGCCAAGCCCUCUUUGACACAAUCAAAGUCAAAGACAAUGAGCAAACGGAUCACGGCACAUCUCAGCGACAGUGAAGACGAAUUGUGUAUCUGAUCCAUCAAGUCAUCAACUUGCUCCAUCAUUUCCUCAUUGAACGGAGCAUUGAAACUAUUAACGCAUGGGAAGGAGGGUUUUAUCAUCAAUCCUAUUGUUUCGUUUCCGUGGAGCAAAGAGUCGAAAAGAGAGAUCGACGAAGCUUUGUCCACGCGUCCGCCGUCUUAUCCUUCUCAUCAGGCAAAGAGAAGAUACUGUUCGCAUGGCGAGAGGGCAUCUCAAGCCGACGUCACCCUUAUCAGAUCCGAAACG